CGCGUCUAAAUUAAGACCGGGUUACGGCCUCGCGAUGCGCGCGCGCACACCCACCGUUCGCUCAAUAAAAACCAAACGUAGCACGUAUUAUAUUUUUUACCAUCGCGAAUUUUCCGAAAAUCCCGUAGCUGGGUGACGAUUAUCCCGGACCUGGGGGAUUUAUCAUGUCUGUGAUGUGAAAACGAAGUGAAUUUCAAUUUUCGAAGUACAAGAUAACCCCAACAAUAUGAAGUUCACGAUUGACGUUUUGGGGAUAUUUUUGAAAGUAGUCGUUAGGGUAAACAAAGUAACCUUCGCACCUCUCGUGGUGUCCACGCUAUUCAUCUUACUGACCUCUUUACUGGCGCACUGCGCGAGACGGCUGGUUCAGAAGUCGAUCAAAGAACCGUUUGUAAGGUUACUACUAGAAGAGGCGAUAGCAGCUGCCGAGUUGUGUGGGUGUUGUUUCGAACUUAUUAUUGUUGCGGAUAACUUUGGUGUGGCCACGUAUGCCAUCUUUCUGUUCGCGCUCACGAUCUGGUGGUCACUGAACUGGGGGGAUGCGACCGCUUGUCCUUACACACAUGUAGAAGAUGUCAUUGAAGGUAGAUGCGAUGUACGUAAGGCUUUCUUAAAGACUUGGGCGGAGUUAGGAGGUGGAAUGUUAGUGUUUAAAUACGUACAAAUGUAUUGGGCAUUGGAGAUCACGGAGACGCACAAGAAUAAAGCCUUUGAAGACUGUACGGCUGAUUUGCAGGUGCCAGUUUUAUAUGGAGCUAUCGUUGAAGGCGUAGCUACGUGCUUAUGCAGGCUGGCUUCAAGGUCUCUUAGCGACCUCAACCCACGUUACUCCACUGCCAUCGACUCCUUCAUCGGCACCUCCCUUGUCGUAGCCGGGGUCCUCACUAGGCACACGGUACUCACUUACCGCUAUGAGGAUAGUAGUGCUAAUGCGGACCUCAGUGUGUCUGUCUAUUGCAAAGUCCAUGUAGGAAAAGCGUUCGACUAUUCCGGAGGUUACUUCAAUCCAGUCCUCGCUACGUCAUUAAAAGCCGGCUGCGAAGGGCAUACUUUGAUGGAACACGCUUUGGUUUACUGGCUCGGUGCAUGCGCAGGAUCGGUCCUAUCAGUGUACCUUUAUAAGCUGCCAGCAAUCCAGAAAUACGUCAGAGGUACCACUGAAGUGAACGGUGAUAGCAUCUGGGCUGAUAAGGAAGAUUAAUUUACAACUUAUAUACUUCGAAUGUUUUUCUAAACAAUUUGUAUUACAUCUCUUUCACAUUACGCAAGAUCAUUCAGUAAAUAUGUACAAUCUAGUCAUAUGCUUAAGUUAUUUAUUCAAAUCUUUAUAUAAUUUAUUUUAACUGUUACUUUUACACAUUUACGACGUAACUUAUAAACGUUGUUAAGCGGGUGAUAAGUUACCCAAUGCUGUGUCUUCUUCUUUCGAAUGUCAAAUCAAUAAUGACAGGAAGAGAAGAAUCGGCGUUUAACUAAUCAGCCGAUAAGUAACGUUAAUGUACAAUAAGGCAGUUAAUGAAAGCGAAUUGAAUAUUGUAUCCAAUGAUUAUAUUUGUUUUAUGAAUAUAAUAAGUGCUACGUUAUGUUAUUGUAAAUAAACUAUUUAAUAUAUUCUUAUGUAUUUAUUAAA